AUGGCGAUCGUGGCUCUCACCGCCAAGAUCGACAACAUCCACCCUGUCGUCCUUGAGCUGCAGGGGUGGCGACCAUCGAUCGAGCAGUCCGUGGAGGAUUUCCGAUCGCAGGUGGGCACCUUGCGGGCGCAGAUCGGCAAGGUUACGGAGACGGCGCCGACGGAUCGAGCCAAGGAGAUGCCGCCGCCCCCGCUCCUGCAUUUGGCUGAUCUGCCUUCACUGCUGCCCCAAGCAGUGGACACGCUCCGCCCUCACGUCAACGAUGCGCCGAACCAGGGUGACUCGAGUCACGGGCCCGCUGGCCACGGCGUUCAUCACGACCCACGGGGGAAAUCGUUUGGGGAGAUCUGCACCCUGCGGUUGCCUCCGGCUCAUGGUACGUCUGAAUUCCCUCACCCCGGCGAGCAGUCUUAUUUUGCGGAUCGUGGGUACCAUCGGCUGCCGCCCCCGCCUCGUUUUGAUUUCCCUCUGUUCGACGGGGCAAACCCUCGUGCUUGGCGGCUCAAAUGCGAGGCGUACAUCCGCGUGUGCACUCUCAGCCCAGAUACCUGGGUUAGUUGUGUUGUUAUGUACUUCACCAACGGUGCACUGUCCUGGUUGCAGUCGUCACAUGCUCACUUGCACUAUCAGAAAUGGGGUGAUUUCGCAACAGCGAUUUUUUCCCAGUUUGGUAGGGAGAAAUUUCAAAAUUUGUUGUGA